UAAAUUUCAAAGCAAUACUAAGAUAUUUGUACAAUUAUCAGACUUUGAACUGUAUAAAUAUUACAUAAUGCUUCUGAAAAUAUGGAUACAAUGCUGAUUUAUGUUUUUGAGCAGAAAAUUAACUGAUGGCAUCAUGGUAUGGUCAGAAAAUGUGUAAAACAGAAAGAGUUUUAACAAGGAUGUUAAUGAUGUGUAAAAUAGAGCUUUCCUGCUAGAGUAAUGGGAGGCCUGAGUUGUGUUGCUAAAAAGCAAGAAGAUGAAGUUGGUCCUGAGGUGGCGGGUGGGGAAUCUUCAGAAUACACCCUUCUGAAAGAGAGACGGGAAUCCCAGAAACCUUGGAACAGGAACAGUACACAUAUCUAUUGCGGUGAAAGGAAAAAUAAACCAGAUGAAGACAAGCCUCCAGAUGAUCAGGAUGGUGCAACCUGUGAUCAGGAUAAAGACUCUAACAAAACGGAAGAAAGCGUGUUAAUAAAUGGUGACGUGGGUGGGGUCAGUAUUAAGUCAGAUGAAAUAGUUUCAUAUAAAGCUGCUGGGAGAACAGAAAACAUUACUAAUGAAAGUUCGUCUGACUCUGAUGACACUGAUAAUGAAUCGAAGGAUUCUGUACCAGACAUUCAUGGUUCAACCUCACCAAUCAGAUUCAACCCACCUCCACACAUUGCUCCAUUCAACCCAAAAUAUCUACGGCGGCCAAGAAGCCUUGAUUCUGCUGAAAACUUUAAACCAAAAUCAAAGUCAAGACCCCUCAGUUAUAGUCCUGGAUUACUUAAGACAAAGCAUCCACGCAGCUUACAUUGUAUAACAGAGCAAGUUAUCGCAGAAACUAAGCAAAGGCCAAGACAAAGGCCACAGAGUAUGGACAUGUCUGCUUUCUUUGAAGUGAAAGGAUUCGAUAUCCAUACACAGAAACUUAGGAGAUUAUUGACCCAGAAAACUCCAAAACGAAGUAGAGCAGAAAAGCAACAACACUUCAGUAAUGCCUUAUUGCCAUUACAGGUGGAGCCUGGGCAGGUGAAGUUCCUGGAGGAAGGUCCUAGCCGCUGCUUCCAGCCCAGUCAGAUGCUACAGCGCAAACGCAAAAACAGGGAGCUUGUAGUCAAGGAAGUGAAUUACUUGAGAAAAGCCAUGACAAGGCCGAGGAUGAAGUUUUCUAAGUCAUUAGAUAUAUUUAUCAAGAACUGUGAGCAGUACAUGAAAUACGACCCGCUACACAAUGAAAAAGCAGCCCAGCCCAGUAACCCCUGGAUCUCUGAGGAUGAAGUAAUGUGGGACAUUAACAGGAGAAUAGUGGAAAUCCCGACAGAAAUGCGUAUCCGGAUGUGGGCCCUGAGAUUUGAGGCUCUGCUUCAGGACGCAACAGGAUGUUUGGAGUUUGAACAUUUCCUGAAGAAGGAGUACAGCCUGGAGAAUAUCCGCUUCUACAAGGCUUGCAAGGAGCUAAUUGUCUGCCCCAACAGCGACGUUGCUCGCUGGAAGGCCGAGAUUGAAAGGGAGUUUCUGACCCCUGGGGCGCCAUGUGAGGUGAACAUUGACUGUAAGACCCUGGAACAGGUGCUUAAACAACUUCACAGUGACAAUGACGUCUCCUGCAAAUCCAGGUUCAUAUUCCAGCCCGCGAUGGAGCAUGUGUAUGGGCUGAUGAAGAAGGACAGCUACACACGCUUUAUCCGCUCUGACCAGUAUAAACAACUCCUCGAGAAGUCACAGACAGUCUUUGCUAAGAAAAGGUUUUUCAACUUUGGGAGCAAUCGAAAGAAAACGACAGCCCCUAGUCCCCAGGUCCGGAGGCGGGGUAGCGUGUCAAGUGAUGGGGGUAUCGAGGCAGAGAUUGGUGGGGCAUCUUAUCACUCUUACAGCACUGGAAACUUGAAGGAGCUUGAAGAUAAACCCAAGCAUGCCCUCAGGCAGACAAAUUCUCCAUCUUUAAGGAGACGCACAGAGAAUGUUGAGAGCAAACUGAUUGGGGGCAUGGACCCUCGUCGCCGUAGCAACCUUGAGGUGCCCAGGGCAUCUUACAAUGCCACAGGGACGGAUGCUUCUAGGAAAUCUGAAGCCCUGGCUCCAUGCAUUGCCCUGAAUGUGCCCCGCACCAACAUCGUAACACCAUGGGAGGGGGAUACAUAAGCCAAUACUGGCUUGUUGCCCUCUCCUUAGAGAUCAAGGCAGUCAUGGUGAUCAAACAUGAGCGGGCUUCAAACUUUUGAUAACAGAAAGGAAUAUGUUGUUUUGUUAAGUUUUCAGCUUGAAAUUGUUAAUCAAAGAAUCCUUUUAUUUCUCCUUUCGCCUACAGUCUAAAGAAAUGAUACUUGAAGUAGGUUGAUGAAUACUUUGUUUGAAACAGAGUAUGUUAUGGUUCUUCUUGAAAAGUGAUCAUUGUUAAAUUUUUAAGUGUGUGAGUUCAUUUUCUUAGAUCCCAUGUUUUUGAUUGAUAAAUACUUGCAGUUUUUAACAUCUUUAUACAAAAAGUCUUAGUUGAAGUUGGUGUCCGAGAAACAAAUUUGUCCGCAAUUAUACGUAACUACAUUAAAUAGCUGAUACUUCAUGUUGAAGAAACAGAAACCUUAUUACUGGUAUUCAUGAGAAGAUAAUUUGAUAAUGGUUUUUAGUAUUCUAAUUGUCAUCAAUUUGUGAGUUUACUCAUUUUUAGCUCAUCUGUUUUUUAAAUCGGUAUUGUCAUAGCCUUGGCAACUGCAUUGUUAUGCAAAAAAUUAAACAUUGGCCGUAUCUCAAAAGCUUUUAAGAUAUUCAAAUGAAACUUGGAAGACAUGUUUCCAGAGACAGAACUUGUAUCACAUGUUUCCAGAGACAGAACGUGUAUCACAUGUUUCCAGAGACAGAACUUGUAUCACAUGUUUCCAGAGACAGAACUUGUAUCACAUGUUUCCAGAGACAGAACGUGUAUCACAUGUUUCCAGAGACAGAACUUGUAUCACAUGUUUCCAGAGACAGAACGUGUAUCACAUGUUUCCAGAGACAGAACUUGUAUCACAUGUUUCCAGAGACAGAACUUGUAUCACAUGUUUCCAGAGACAGAACUUGUAUCACAUGUUUCCAGAGACAGAACUUGUAUCACAUGUUUCCAGAGACAGAACGUGUAUCACAUGUUUCCAGAGACAGAACUUGUAUCACAUGUUUCCAGAGACAGAACGUGUAUCACAUGUUUCCAGAGACAGAACGUGUAUCACAUGUUUCCAGAGACAGAACUUGUAUCACAUGUUUCCAGAGACAGAACGUGUAUCACAUGUUUCCAGAGACAGAAC